CCGCCUUCCCACACUCUCUGGCUCGUCGCUCGGCCGCAGUGUUUCCUCUUUCUCUCUCGCUCUUCCCCACCGCGUCGUCGUCGUCGUCGUCGUCUUCUUCUCUUGCCUUUUUUCUCGCGUUUUUUUUAUUUUCCUUCCCCUCAUCCCUUCUCGCUCUGCUGCCCGGCGGUGUGACGAGGCCGACUCCUCUCCUCCCACAGCCCGCGCCUUCCUCCUCUUUUUUUUUCCUCUCCCCCCUCGCGCCGCUCCCGUUUCUCUCCGUCGGCCGCCGCCGCCAGUGCCGCUCAGCUGGUGUCGGUGCCGCGCUUUCCCCCCCACGUCGUCCCCGCAGCCUAUGGCCCAGGCCGCCUUGGGUAUUUCUGCUCAAGGUAACCACAUCCCUCUUUAAAAAUUCCGCCGAAAAAGAGAAGACGCUUUACCCGACUCUUUGGGCCGUUAUCUCACGGCGAACUUUCUGACCAGGUAUACAACUACCCAGAGGGCCUAGGAGAAGUGCUGUAUAGAGAGCAGUUCGACUUCAACGCUGAGCCACCUUGGGAACCUAGCUGAUGAUAGGGGGGUUCCAUCUCCUAACUUGUCCAUUUUGUUGCAUAUUCUAAGGACCCAGACAUAGGCUUGUGGCCCGUCUCUUGUUUUUCCUGGUUUAUGACUUUCGGCUUUGUGGAAUACGGCUGAGAUGAAAGGAUUUAUUGACGAUGCAAACUACUCCGUUGGCCUGUUGGAUGAAGGAACAAACCUUGGAAAUGUUAUUGAUAACUAUGUAUAUGAACAUACCCUGACAGGGAAGAGUGCAUUUUUUGUGGGAGAUCUUGGGAAGAUUGUGAAGAAACACAGUCAGUGGCAGAAUGUGGUGGCCCAGAUAAAGCCAUUUUACACAGUGAAGUGCAACUCUACUCCAGCUGUACUUGAGAUUUUGGCAGCUCUUGGAACUGGAUUUGCUUGCUCCAGCAAAAAUGAAAUGGUUUUAGUGCAAGAAUUGGGUGUUUCUCCAGAAAACAUUAUUUACAUAAGUCCUUGCAAGCAAGUUUCUCAGAUAAAGUAUGCAGCAAGAGUUGGAGUGAAUAUUAUGACAUGUGACAGUGAAAUUGAAUUGAAGAAAAUUGCACGAAAUCACCCAAAUGCCAAGGUCUUACUCCAUAUUGCAACAGAAGAUAAUAUUGGAGGUGAAGAUGGUAACAUGAAGUUUGGCACUACACUGAAGAACUGUAGGCAUCUUUUGGAAUGUGCUAAGGAACUUGAUGUCCAAAUAAUUGGGGUUAAAUUUCAUGUUUCAAGUGCUUGCAAAGAAUCUCAAGUAUACGUACAUGCUCUGUCUGAUGCUCGUUGUGUGUUUGACAUGGCUGGAGAAUUUGGCUUUACAAUGAACAUGUUAGACAUUGGUGGAGGCUUCACAGGAACUGAAUUUCAAUUGGAAGAGGUUAAUCACAUUAUCAGCCCACUGUUGGAUAUCUACUUUCCUGAAGGUUCUGGUAUUAAGAUAAUUUCAGAACCUGGAAGCUAUUUUGUGUCUUCUGCAUUUACACUUGCAGUUAAUAUUAUUGCUAAGAAAGUUGUUGAAAACGAUAAAUUUUCCUCUGGAGAAAAAACCGGGAGUGAUGAACCAGUCUUCGUGUAUUACAUGAAUGAUGGUGUUUAUGGUUCUUUUGCAAGUAAACUUUCUGAGGACUUAAAUACCAUUCCAGAGGUUCACAAGAAAUACAAGGAGGAUGAGCCUUUGUUUACAAGCAGCCUUUGGGGUCCAACCUGUGAUGAGCUUGAUCAAAUUGUGGAAAGUUGUCUUCUUCCUGAGCUGGAUGUGGGAGACUGGCUUAUCUUUGAUAACAUGGGAGCAGAUUCUUUCCAUGAGCCAUCUGCUUUUAAUGAUGUCCAGAGGCCAGCUAUUUAUUACAUGAUGUCAUUCAGUGAUUGGUAUGAGAUGCAAGAUGCUGGAAUUACUUCAGACACAAUGAUGAAAAACUUCUUCUUUGCACCUUCUUGCAUUCAGCUGAGCCAGGAAGACAGCUUUUCCACGGAAGCUUAAGCAGGCAUUAACGCUUCUUUAGAUCUGAAGUCCCAGGUUAAGCUUGUCUGGUCUACAUUCCAGUUUGGGAAAAAAGAAAUUCAAUCUUAUUUUAAUUCUCUUGAAACAAAUUCAUAGUAAUAGCUAUUUGGGACCAGACAAAAAUCAGCUGUCAUCUAUAAUUCAUUGGGGGUAAUGGGAGAUUUAGAUAAUGUAUCCAGAUUUAACUUAUCAGUUUGUCCUACCCCUUAAGCGUUUAAAAUAAAAUAUGCAACAAAAUGGAUGACUUAGUGGAGAUGGAAGCCCAUUAAUUGGGUUCCCCAUUAAAUCGUUUACAUAAAGUACACAGUUUUUAUACUAAGGAUUCGUGUUAAAACAGUCUUGUGAAGUUAAUGUCUUUCACCCAGAUAUAUCAGAUGUCAGUGGAAGACCAGUGUGACUUCAAUUAGAUACGUUUAGUGUAUUUAGAAUGUGUAAAUUUGUGCUUUGAACUGUAGUUUAAUAAAUGUAAAGUUGCAUCAUAGUAUUUGUUGUAUUUGACCUAAUGUAACCCUUGUAUGAUUGCAAUAAAAUUUUGUGUAGAUUUUACUGUUUUUUCAGGCUAAAACUUUGGGAAAGGGGCUAGCUAGCAAAAGUAGUUUUGAAAUAGAUGUGUAUAUGGUCUGUUCUGAGGGUUAGUUUUCUUUAUAGCCCAUUUAAAGUUUGGUUUGACUCAGUAUGUUUUUCAGUUAUUUAAUUAAUAAUUUAAGCAAAGUGUUUGGUAAAUCAUUGUGUGAAGUUCAGAUUCAGUUUGGAGAGUUGAUGUGCAGUAAGCAUGAUGUUAACAAUUUAACACCAAAAAUGUUCACCUUGCAUAAGCCAAUUGUAAUAAUAGGUGUUUCUGUAUAGAUAGGGUGCAUAGAGUACAUUAGUAAAUUUUUGAAUCACAGAUCUUCCCGCUAAUAUGGAAGAUUGCAUACUUUGAAUAAACUUAGUGUGGGGUAGGAUGUGAAAACGCAGAGAGCUGCAGAGCACUAAAACAUAGAAGGGCUUACAUCUGUAUCUAGAAAUCCGAUGCCCCUUUGCAUAGAAUAUUCAAGGGGGUUUGGGAGUGAAGCACACUUUCUUCAAUUACUCAACUACAGUAAUAUCAAGUGAGGGUUUUUGUUGUUGGUUUAAAUUAGUUCUUUAGUUUCUUAUUUCCCAUUUGUUCAGCUUAGUAAUUACUUUUCUUUUUGUACUAAAACGUUAUGGUGGUUGGGGGAGGGAGUUAGCAUCACUAACCUGACAGUUUUGCCAGGAAUUUGCUUUGUUCAUUGCUAGUAUAUUAGUAAUCCUAGAUCUCAGAAUCACAAUAGUAAUAAACAGUCUCUACAGGGGUCAUUUUUUCCUAACUUAUUCUAUGUUCAAAUGUGGAAUUUCUGUCUCCCAAGAGGAAAUGUGACUUCACUUUGGUGCCAAUGGACAGAAAAUUCUACCUGUGCUACAUAGGAGAAGUUUGGAAUGCACUUAAAUAACUGGUUUUUACACCUUGAUUUUAAGGUGGAGAGAAAUUGAUCAUGAAUCUCUAAUUUCAAUCUCAAACCAGUAGGUGCUUAAUAUUUUUGAUUUAAUUAAUACCCAUUUGGAUAUCAUGGGUUCUAUUAAUUACAGAAUGAACUUAGGAUCCCAGUCCAUUGUCAUCUUACUUCCCUUGGACUUUUCCAAGGUAUAGUAUGGGGUUUUAUGCAAAAUUCCAAGCUACCAUGUAACUUUUUUUAAAUUGUAACUAGGAGGGGGAAUAGUUCCGUACCUUUUUAGUGUUGUCCAUUGUGGUCCAGAAAUGCCAAACCUUUUUACAGUGGUACAACUUUGAGUCUAAGCUUGGUGACUAUGCAGGCUUGAGUUUCAUGGCAUUUCAAUUUUGCCAUUUAUAUAGGAGAGCUAUUGUAUGUGAAACAGCCCAGAAUCGCAAAUGUCACAUGUGGAUGAUAUGGUAACUUAAAAAAAAUACCUGUAUUGUAUUUGAAGACUGUUUGCCAUAAAUUUAAAAUUUAAACCUAUGUAUUUCAAUUUGGUAUGUUCAACAAUAAUUAAUGUAAAGUCUUUUUUAUAUAAUAGUGUAAUCUCAGUUCAAAAUUUAAGUGAAAAUAUAAAACCCAAAUGAUUUCUAUAUAUAGUAAAUUGAACUGUAAAGGUAACUUGUGUGUGAUUCUGAAUACACAGAUAAAAUGUUUUUAUUCCUCACAUUUUACUCUGAUGCUUCUGUCAUGAAAUAGACAAGAGAUUUUAUGAGUAAGUUUUGUGUACAUUGCAUGUAUUUUUUUUUAAGAAUCUAUUAAAAGCUGGGUAUUACAUGUA